CUGGAAGGAUCGGCAAAGUAUAAGAAAGGAAAUUUCGAAGGAGCGGCCCGUUUUGAAACCAUUGUUUCCUCUUCUUUGCUCUACGAAAGGACGAACAUUGUGGAAUCCUUUUCAUUUCAGGUACUUUUUAUACUCAAUGAUCGCGAUGACCCUACUAUUGUUGGUGGCAAUCACUGGUCAUUGCUCGUAUUUGAUCGUGGAACUUCACGAUUUGAGUAUUACGACAGUAUGCGGCCGGCUAAAGACGCUGUCGCCAGACAGCUCGUGAACAUAAUUAAACCUGUUCUUGAUACUACAGAAGUGUCGUUUGUGAUUGUCGAUUGUCCUCAGCAACGUAACAGCUUUGACUGUGGGAUGUAUGUUAUCGAAUUCGUUCGACACCAACUGAAGCUGUCAGAAGAUUCAAUGUCCUUGGGUAUCAGUAGUACCUAUAUAGAGUCUGAGCGGCAACAUUGGCAGGAUACCAUCAUUUCAUUAUCUAAGGCUCAUAUGAUUACGCCCACGUUCAGUAUUGUACAGGAUGAUAAAUGGUUGAUUUUUAUAAUACGCGCCCCGUAUGCGAAAAUUGCAGACACAGAAAUUGAGUAUAGUGAUGAUAUCUUCAUGUUUUCUGCACCUCCAUAUUAUCUCAGGUGGGAAAUUGAAGUCUCUCGAGAAAGCGUUCAUACUUUGCUAUCGAAGCGAUCGAUCGCAAAGUAUGAACGCCCUCUUAAUAGAGAAGCAUGA